CGGCCGGGAGAGUUCAGUUCGAGUUGAGAUCUUGUAACGCACACACACAGCUCCGGCUAAGCAAUUGCAAGCCAAGUGUUCCUCCGCCCAAUUAACGCAGUGAUUUUCUAAUUUAAAACGAAAAAAAAAAAAAAACGAAACAAAUUAUGUCGACAAUUAACAUGCACCCACCGCAAACGUAUUCGCGCCUGUUCCGUCCCUGGGAUACGCAACGCCAAACGCCAGCGCCGCCCGCCCGGACCGUGAAACGUGAACGUGAACAUGAACCCGAAACAGUGACCAUCAAAACGGAGCUGCCCAGCAGCAGCAGCAACAGCAGCCGAUGCUGCUAUGGUCAGGAUAGCGACCGGGAGUCCUCCUCAUCCGCGUCGAGCUCGAGCUCGAGCAGCAGCAGCAGCAAAUCCAGCUACGAGGAUGCCCUCAACAGCAGCUACACGCGCACCUCGACUCCCCUGCUGGAUGCCACGCCGCAGCCAGCGUUUCCAGCUGCCUCCGCGGUGGCGCCACAGCAGUUGUCGCCGCAGCCAGCGCCGUUUAUGCCCGCCAGCGAGCUGUACUAUGCCGCAGCAGCAGCAGCUGCCGCCGCUGCCAAUACACCGGCCGCGGCUGCCUUUGGCAUGGAUCCAUUCACCCUGGGCCUGAUGGAGCAGGAGUACGCUCGUGUCAUGGCCGAGGAUGCGCAGCUGAAGGCGCUGAAUGCACGCAAACAGCGGCCCAAGAAAUUCAAAUGCCCGCACUGUGAUGUCGCCUUCUCCAACAAUGGCCAGCUCAAGGGACACAUUCGCAUACAUACCGGCGAGCGACCCUUUAAGUGCGACGUGGAAACCUGCGGCAAGACCUUCACACGCAACGAGGAGCUGACCCGGCACAAGCGCAUCCAUUCCGGACUGCGGCCGUAUCCGUGCAGCGCCUGCGGCAAGAAGUUCGGUCGUCGCGAUCAUCUCAAGAAGCACAUGAAGACGCAUAUGCCGCAGGAGCGCCAGCUGGGACAGGCCAUCUUUAUGCCCAUGUAUCCCUACCUGUAUGGCUACUAAACAGUUAAGCCCAGCUGCUGCAGCUCCAGCGAUCUGUGAAGCGCUUGCACGCUUUAAACACGCUACAAGCCCAACUAUCUACCAACAACAACAACAACAACAAGCAACUCAGUGCCGGCCAAGAAAUACUCUGUCUUAGAGCAUCUACCUCAGGCGUACCUGGCGCAAACUGGCGCAGACAACACACACACACACACACACACACAAAACAAACAAACUACCUCUGAAGACGAUAUGGAUAUCCGUGACGAUAUAUAUAUAUAUAUGCAAAUAUUGAGCUAUUUAUUUUUUAAUGAAUAUUUACAUUUCCACUACGUGACGUGAGGUAGAAGCGUCGAAAAAAACCCACACAUGUGUAAAUAAAUCCUUAAGUGAUCCUUUCUCAUAUGCUAAGCGAUUAAGAGUUUUAAGAGACAUUCUACAUAUUAGAUACCUAAGAAUAUUUUUCACAUUUUUAUAUGCUGAAUGCGGUUAAUAGCAAUAUAUACGAUUUACAUUUAAAA